AUGGUGGGCCAGCGCGGCUGCUGCUGCUGCGGCUCUCCGGGGACCUUCGCCUGCCACAAGGCUGGGCGGGCCGAGCCGGCCGCGUCGCCCGGGCGACCAUUGUUGGGGAGCGGCCUUCAGGCGGAGGGACCGGGCCUGGUCCCGGGGCGGCAGCCCCCGCGGCCUCCCAUCCCGCCGCCGGGGCGGCCGCGAGGGGGCAGCGCAGGACCGCCGACCCGGAGGCCGCCGCCGCCGCCGCCGCCGCCCUGCCUCGCGGGGCCGUUGUUCCCGCCGAGCGAAGGUUCCGCCCGGGGUUCGCCGAGCCCGGGGGACCGUUUGGGCGGCGCACGGGCGGAGCGCCACUUCCGGCCCGCCUGGCCCGGGAAAAAAGGGGGCGCCGCGGGGACCCGUCGCGCUCCGGGCGAUCGCUCGGCUUCCUGGAUCGGGCGGAAGCGUCGGCUGGAGGGCUCCGGGGAGCAGGACGAGGGGGCAGCUGUCUUCCCUCCCCCAGAAGACACCUCGGUGGAAGAUUUCCCAAGUCACGACUCCAGCGAGCAAGACCCCUUGCUCCAGAAACUUCAGGCUCUCUGGGUAUGGAAGGACAUGGAAAAGCUCCGAGAAGAAAUGCGCCUGGGCUUCGCCAGCCUGCCCGACCCGUUGGCCUGGCUCCUGGAUGUGCUGGAUUGCUGCAAGGACUGGGGAGGGCCGGGCUUGCUGGUCCACAUUGUCCGUGAGCUGCAGGGCUGGAUAAAGAACCAUGCCAGGGAUCAGCCGUCCGGCUUAAAGCUGGAGGAGCUGCAGGCUCGUCUCUUGACCUGCCUGACCCGGUGCCACGUCAGCCUGCUGCAGCCCCUGGUCAGCCUCUAUCAGCUCCACACUGCAGACUCUCACCGUUUGCUGGGCUUCGUCGACCAGCUCUGCCAGCAGGGGAAGUUCAAAGAGGCUGCUAUUUUAAGUAUAAAACUGAAACUGCAACCAGACCUGGAAUUUGAGAAGGUGUGCGUCCCGUUGCUGCUUCAGGACAGAAUGGAACUCAUCGAAGCUUACGUGGAAGGCAGCCUCGAGCUACAGCAGAGCCUCUUGCAACUCCUGGACUCCUGGUCCGUUCCAGGCUUCCAGAUCAAAGACCUCGCUAGACAGUAUCGGGCCCUGCCUGGCAAGUGGCCGGAAAAGAUCAACCACAGGACGAUGAAUAAAGUAGCCUUCCGGUUGCUGCAGAAGUACAGCCUGGACCCAGUGCUUUAUCCCCAUAUUCUCAACCAGCGACACCUGGGCACCUUGAAGUACCUGCUCCACAAGAGAUUUGUUGAGAAAUCCAUGACGCAAGAAAAUUGGUCCGAUCACAUCCAGGGCAUCAUCGAGGACAACCAGUGGCUGCAAGAGCAGCUGGUCCAACUCCUGGUCCGUUACGCUGGCCUUGAGGUGGCUGUCCAGUGGGCCCGGCACUACAGACUCCUGGGGGACAGCUUGCCGCCUGGCCUGGCAGCCAGGAUGGACGAGCCAGCCAUCCCGGAGAGGGACGAUGCCUCCCAGCAGGGCCCGAGCGCCUGGGACAGCCUGCAGGAGGGCUGCUAUCAGCUCCCCGUGCCGAGGGCGGACGUCCUUUUCUUAUCAACCUGGGAAGAGGUGAUGGCGUGCCAGGAACAGGUGCUCCAGGUGAGGACUUCUUUCCCUCCUCUGGCUUAA